AUGCAAGACUUUGAUGUCGAUGCGGAUCAGUUAAGGAAGCAGAUUUUAACCAUCAAGGAAGCAAUAUUCGAUCGUGGAAAGUUAUUGACAUUGUAUCAAGAGAAAUGCAAUCAAGUUCAAGCUAUUCGAAAAGAAUUAAUCGAUGAUGCUGCAACACAACAGCGAUUAAUAAGUGAAUUGAAGAACAGUCAGUCAUUACAACCAAAGUUAACACAUGCAGAAGAAACGAUACAACAGUUGCAAGAGGACAAACGACAAUUGACAUCUUUGCUUGAACAGCAACAAAAUGCAACUGCAGCUAGCCAAAAAUAUGCAGAACAAUUACGCUUAGUCAUUACAGAAAAUGAAUCCGCUAGAUUCAACCUAAAGUCGGAAAGCAGUAACUUGAAAAAUAAUAUUGACAAAUGGAAAGUAGAAGAUAAAAAAAAUAAAGAAAAAAUUGAAAAAUACGCCAGUAAAAUUGAAUAUUUAACUAAAUUUAAUAAAGUCUUGAAAGAAGAGAAGCAACAGCAAGCUAAGAAAAUUAAAGAACUAGAGAAAGAACUUUCCAGGCUAGAAAAAUCAUCUGCAAACUAUAACAAUAAUAGCAGUAGGAAGAGGCAGCAUAAAAGGAAUAGCGUCUCUGUUACCAAAUGCCACAAAUUAGGCAGUCCUAAUUUGGUUAAUGAUAAAGUAUCGGAUGUACCAGAACCUGAAAUUGGCGACUUUACAUCAUCAGAUUCUGAUUCUUCUGCAGAGUCUAGAAUUGAAAAAGCCUUGGCUGAUCCUUCGCAGCAAUACUCCGGUGAACAGACAUUGAACAGUCCUUGCAAAUCAAAUAAAGAGGAAGGAGAAAUUUCGGACGCUACAGAGGAUGGAUCACAAAGUGGUCUCGUUGAAGGUCAAAACCAUCAUAUAGAAUAUGACAACAACGAAAUAGACAUGGAUAAUGAUCUCGCAUCAUUUGAUCAAACCAAAUCCAUUGAAUUUCCGAUACGAAAAGACUCUCCUAAAUAUAUUGCCAACCAAGAAAGUGAACAACACGACAUUAAGCAAGAUUCAGAGCCAUGCACUGUUCGGCAUAAUCACCGUAAACUAUUGACCGAUACUAAACAUUCUCGUAGACAAAAGCUAACCCGGAGUUGUAAACCAGUUGCAAAGCUGCCAAGUGCUAAUCAAAUAAUUGAUUCACUGCCUAAUCAAAUCACUGAUACCUCAUCAAGUGCUGCUGGAGUCGAUAUCAUCGAUAAAAAUAAAAAAGAUCAAACGAAUGAUCAGAAUACGAAACUGGUAGGAGAUCAUGGGUUAAAAAGAAAAAGAGUAGAUAAGACUGCUAUCGAUAAAUCACCUAGCAAAAUUUUUUCUAACACCAAUAUAAUAGCUGAUGCAACACCACCAGUGCCAUUAGCGUAUCAUAAGAAUGAAAAUUAUACGGAUAUUUUAAUGAAGGUGCAAGAAGAGAUUGAUACAAUUGAUAAUCUUGCAUUAUCACCGCUAUCAUUUAAUUCUGAUCGUGAAGAUGAUCGCACUGCAAGAGUCUUACAAGAUUUUUCAGAAUUCUGUUCUGUAAUCCUUGACGAUACUAUCUCACCCAUUUCUUCAUCAUCCAAUGAAGAAUAUCAGGACGGUAACCGAGCAAACUUAGACGCUUGUUCAAACAAGGAUCAUGCUCAACAAACAAGUAAAAUUCAUGGCAAUUUCAACGUAGAUGCAACUAACACCAUAGACACUGAUGACACUUGUAUCAGUAAGGAAAAUGCGAAUGAUAUAGAUAAAGGAACGAAUGUAACAAAAGUAGCUAAAUUUAUAGGAGUAUGCCAACAAUCAAGAAACUCUUCAGAAUCCUCCGAGAGUGAUAAACCAAAUCGCACUAAACCUGCUUUGCCUAAUGAAAAUGAACAAAUAAACAAAACACCACAGCAACGAAAAAAAAAUUUGAAAAAUACACGCUAUAAUACUAGACAGCGAACCCGUUAUAAAGACACCGACAAUGUAGUAAAGUCUUCAUCUCAUCGCAGUACUAGAAUGAACAUUAAAUCGAAUAAACGACAAGUCAUAAGUUGCAAGGAUCACGAGUCUUCUGAUAGUGAAGACGAUUUCCAGCCAAAAUAUUGGAAUGACUUAUUUUUAGCUCUAUACAGUAACAGAGUAUCUGUCAGCGCAAUAACUGAAAGAAUGAUACAUGAUAAUGUUUCAACAACUAGGAUGGUUUAUGUCCUUUUAUCAAAUUUACCGUCGCUUCUUGAUUCAAAAACUGAUAGCGAACUGGACCCACUUGAACAUUUAAUUAACGAUGAUUACUCUAAAUCUAUUUUAUGUGCACAAGAAAAUCGAUUUGUUGAUGCUGUAAUCAAGCUUGAAAGCAAAUAUAAACCAGACUCUUCAUUUCUAUCUCAGUUCUUGCACAUCAUCUCAAGCUCUGCUUUCAGCCAAAAUGACGAAUGCAACCAAUUACAAUUAUCCAAAUGUCGCUUAAUGGUUGAUAUCUGUAAAAGAUUAGGAUUAGCUAAGCCAAUUAUUGAUUUCCUGACAAAAAUUGUUAACGAAGGCCAUAAAUGUAAUAGAAUUUAUUUACAGCAAGUUUUCCUAACAGUAUUUAUUGUUUGGCCGGAUUGUCUUAAGGAGGAUUUACACGUACGUAAUGAACACCCAUACCUAUGGAAAGAUCUGUUUGAUCCACAAUUGGCCACUAUCGAAAUUAUAUUAAUCUACCUUAUCAGUUGCACUGGUAAUUUUACUAUUCAAGUUAAGGAAAAGUUACACAACCACCGAGAUUUGAUAAUUUUGGUCGUUAUGAAAUUCUUAGAUUUGUUAAAUGAUCUAAAUUUUGGCUCAUCUAAUGCCUUAACUGGGAAAAUUGGUAAGCAGUGGAUUCACGAUAACGCAACCACUGUAGACAAAAUUGCCGAAUUGUUAAUUUCUUUACUGUUGGAAGUAGAAUUAUCCAAAGGCUUAUUUCUGGCAUAUCUACAAGAUACUAUCCGUAAUUACUUCCAGAAUGUGUGUAUGCCUUAA